UUCUUGCGUGGACAUAGAAGAAGCGAGAUGUCAGACAUUACAGGAACAUAUCGUAUUGUUUCAGAAGAGGAACAGUCCCUCCGUGCCAAGCUAGAGCGUCUGACAACCAAAGACCAUGGACCUGUGUUUGGCAAAUGUGAAAAGCUGCCAGAUCACACAGUGCAGAAGGCUAAAGAUGAAUUAAAUGAGACAGAUGAGACGCGAGAUUCAGCUGUAAAGGAACUUCGAGACAUAGUGCAGGAGAAAGCCAACGCUGGAGAUGACCUCUGCAAGACAGUUGCAGAGAAGGUGGUCGGGAUGGAUAAUAGCUUUUUUCUGCGUUUCAUUCGGGCCCGCAAAUUUGAAGUAAAUCGAGCCUAUGACCUUCUGAAAGGCUAUGUACAUUUCCGACAGCAAUACCCCGAGCUGUUUGAGAACCUGACAUCGGAGGCUGUGAGAAGCACCAUAGAGGCUGGUUACCCUGGAAUUUUAACCAGCAGAGAUAAGAAUGGCAGAGUGAUCCUACUUUUUAAUAUUGAGAACUGGGAUUACGAGGAGAUCACAUUUGAUGAGAUCCUCCGUGCAUACUGCAUUAUUCUGGAGAACCUUUUAGAAAAUGAGGAAACCCAGAUCAAUGGCUUCUGCAUUAUCGAGAAUUUCAAAGGAUUCACAAUGCAACAAGCAUCUGGUAUUAAACCUUACGAACUGAAAAAAAUGGUGGACAUGUUACAGGACUCUUUCCCAGCAAGAUUUAAGGCUGUUCACUUUAUAUACCAGCCAUGGUACUUUACCACCACUUACAAUGUUGUAAAGCCUUUUCUAAAGAGUAAACUACUUGAGAGGGUUUUUGUGCACGGGGAGGACCUUGAGAGUUUCUAUAAGGAAAUCGAUGCUGACAUCCUACCGAAUGACUUUGGAGGAAACUUGCCAAAAUAUGAUGGACGAAUAAUUGCCGAGAAGCUCUUUGGCCCAAGAAAUGAAUCCGAGGACACAGCUCUUUAGAGAAAAUUAUACAAUUCUAAUUAUAAGUCUAUAUUAAAAAGUUAGUACAAAUGCUGAAAAUCCAUUACAUCUCCUAGUUCUGUUAGCGAUAAUAAAUCUUGAAAUAAACACUGCAAAAGAUCACCGCACAUAUGGU